AUGAACCAGAAAACAACAUGGCAUGAAUGGUGCUGCAUUGCCUUGCCGAAGAGGAUUCGUACAAAGCGUGCCCUCUGCGAACUCUAUGAACAGGAUGCCCUCAUUUUCUCUACUCGAGCUUCCCUAUACCAAUGCGAUCGCAUGCUGUCUAUCCGUUCCAUUCCACUACUCGCCGCAUCGAUGAUGAGUCAGUGUAAGGAUCAGAUCGUAUACCUCGGCCCUUCUCUCAGUCGACUCUGUACAUCAGUCAUGUGCUGA